AUGGCGGCCCCGCAGCAGGCCCCGCACCUGCACCUGGCCGAGCUCACCGCCUCGCAGUUCCUCGACGUCUGGCGACACUUCGACGCGGACGGAAAUGGCUACAUUGAAGGCAAAGAGCUGGAAAACUUCUUCCAGGAGCUGGAAAGCGCAAGGAAGGGAGCGGGUGUGGACUCCAGGAAGGACAGCCUGGGUGACAAGAUGAAGGAGUUCAUGCACAAGUACGACAAAAACGCUGACGGCAAAAUCGAGAUGGCUGAGCUGGCCCAGAUCCUGCCCACAGAGGAGAAUUUCCUGCUGUGCUUCCGCCAGCAUGUGGGCUCCAGCUCAGAGUUCAUGGAGGCUUGGCGCAGGUACGACACGGACCGCAGCGGCUACAUCGAAGCCAACGAGCUCAAGGGGUUCCUGUCAGACCUGCUGAAGAAGGCCAACCGGCCCUACGACGAGCCCAAGCUGCAGGAGUACACGCAGACCAUCCUGCGGAUGUUCGACAUGAACGGCGACGGGAAGCUGGGCCUCUCGGAGAUGUCCCGACUUUUGCCAGUGCAAGAAAACUUCCUCCUGAAGUUUCAGGGGAUGAAGCUCUCCUCCGAGGAGUUCAACGCCAUCUUCGCCUUCUACGACAAGGACGGGAGCGGCUUCAUCGACGAGAACGAGCUGGACGCGCUUCUGAAAGACCUCUAUGAGAAGAAUAAGAAAGAGAUGAACAUCCAGCAGCUCACCAACUACAGGAAGAGCAUCAUGAACCUGUCCCACGGGGGCAAACUCUACCGCAAGGAACUGGAGAUCGUGCUUUGCAACGAGCCCCCCGUGUAGGACCCUCCCCCAGCACCCCUCUGCUCCCCCUCCCCAAAAACAAGCACAAGGGGGGAGCACCAGCAGCGCAGCGCCGGGGCUGGGGGCAGCAGCCACACAGUGCCCACCCCCCAGCCCCCUCCCAGCCCCCCCCCAGCAGCUCUUGGUCCUUAAAAUCCCACCUUGGGGUAAAAACCCUCUCUUUUGUUCUUUUGCCCCAUUCUCCAGCUGGUCGUUU